CCCCGUGGACUGUUGUGGUGAAUCCAACAUGGCGGCCGUCGUCGUGUCCCUCUGAGCCGCUUCGCCAAGAGCAAAUUCCCGUUUUCUUGCGACGAUGCGCAGCGCCAUGACGGAAAUCUCCCUGUGAAAGUGACCGUGUGGUAUAUCUAUGAGUAUAGCGAGUGGCGGAGGAGCAGAGCGAGUGCCAGUGGCGGAGUCCGGGCCGCGCGAAGGGGGAAAGGCAAAGUGGUGUCAGACCAUGAGAAGGAAAGGGAACUGAAAACUCUUCCUCCUCAGCUCGAAGGGAACUCGGCCUCCUCCUCCUCCACCUCCACCUCCUCCUCCACCUCCUCCUCCUCCACCUCCUCCUCGAGAAAGACCCCCUCCUGCGGGCGAUGAGGGCGACUCCGGGGAUCUAGACUUGGCGCAGAGAUUGAAAGUCUUCCGUUCUUGAUGUUUCCAAGAAUUGAUGAUCAUUAGCCGAGCCAGGAGGCGUGGGUGGGGCAUACAGAGGAGACAUGGCUGACAGAAUGGCACGGCGCAGGGUCAAGCUCUAUGCGCUAAAUGCUGACCGACAGUGGGAUGACAGGGGCACAGGGCAUGUCACAUCCUCAUAUGUGGAACGGUUAAAGGGCAUGUCCUUACUGGUGCGAGCAGAAUCCGACGGUUCCUUACUUUUAGAAUCAAGAAUCCAGCCAGACACCGCCUACCAGAAGCAGCAAGGCACUCUCAUUGUGUGGUCGGAGGGAGAAAACUUCGACCUUGCCUUGAGCUUUCAGGAGAAGGCGGGUUGUGAUGAGAUUUGGGAGAAGAUCUGCCAGGUUCAAGGUAAAGAUCCCAGUGUAGACAUAACCCAAGACAUUGUUGAAGAAAGUGAAGAUGAAAGAUUUGACGAUGUGUCAGACACCAACCCUUGGGUAGAACUACCACCAUGUGAAAUAGGUAAAUUGGAAGAUAUUAAUGAGGUAAUAAGUAAUUGCCUACAUUCUCCUGUUAGGCGAGAAAAAUUAGCAAUAGCACUGGAAAAUGAGGGCUAUAUCAAGAAACUGGUCUCAGUGUUUCAUACCUGUGAAGAUCUCGAAAAUAUGGAGGGGCUCCACCUUCUGUAUGAAAUCUUUAAGAAUAUAUUCCUGCUCAACAAAAAUACCCUCUUUGAAAUCAUGUUCGCUGAUGACACCAUAUUCGACGUGGUUGGGUGUCUGGAGUAUGACCCCUCAUCACCGUACCCAAAAAGACACAGACAGUAUCUCAAAAGUAUAGCAAAGUUUAAAGAGGUGAGAAAAAAGUUUUCUUUUUCUUAUGAACAGUACCUGUUAAACAUCAUCAUUGAGCAGAUGGUGGUAGAUUCUGAUCCAGAGAUGGGUGGUGCAGUACAGUUAAUGGGAAUCCUUCGCAUUCUCAUUGACCCUGAAAACAUGAUGGCAACUGUCACCAAGUCUGAACGAGCAGACUUCCUCGCAUUCUUUUAUAAACACUCCAUGCACUACCUUGUUGCGCCACUCCUCUCCAACACGGUAGGGGAUGAGGUGGGUCGCGAGGAUUACCCGUCAGCACAGCUUCUAGCCCUGAUCCUGGAGCUGCUGGCUUUUUGCGUGGAGCACCACACUUAUCACAUCAAAAAUUAUAUAGUCCAACGAGACCUGCUCAAACGCAUCCUUGUCCUAAUGAAGUCCAAACACACAUUCCUAGUGCUCAGUGCUUUACGGUUCAUGAGAAAGAUCAUUGGCCUACGGGACGACUUUUAUAAUCGUCACAUUGUCAAUUCCAAUCUCUUUGCACCAGUAGUGGAUGCAUUUGUCCGCAACAAUGGAAGAUAUAACCUCCUGGAUUCUGCCAUUAUUGAAAUGUUUGAAUAUAUCAAAGUGGAGGAUAUAAAGUCAUUGUGGAUGAGUGUAGUAGAAAAGUUUGGAGAGGUCCUUGCCCAGGUGGACUAUGUGCAGACCUUCCAUGCUUUGCGAAUGCGAUAUGAACAGCAUCAAGAUAGACUGAGAGACAGAGAUAGGAAUACUUCCCUGGAUGGGAUUGGUGGUGUUGUACGAGGUGCACGGUAUAGAAGAGAUGUCAGAGAUCUUGACGAGGAGGAAGAGAUGUGGUUCAACAACGAUGAGGAAGAGAUAGAGGAGACUGAAGCACUUUCUGUUCUGUCCUCCAGAGACACAAGUUUGUCACCUGUUGAAAAAGUAGAAAAAGAGAAUGGAGCUAGCAAGAUGAUCGGUGCAACAGGGAAACAGGGUCUGCUGCUCAACAAUGGCAACAAGGACAACAACAACACUGCCACUGCUCUGUCUUCAGAAGGCAACAAGUCUCCCGUCCCUGCCCGCAAGAAGGUGAGUCUUGUGGCAUAUGAUGAAAAUUCUGAUGAAGAGGAAGAGGAGGAAGAAGAAGAGGAAGCUGGUGAAGAAGACCAGGAAGAAGAGGAAGAGGAAGAGGACAGUAAUGUUCCGUCUGCCAAAAGACCGCGACUAAGCAGUGAUUGAGGGUGUGUGAGUGGCAGAGUCAGCAGUCAGUAAGCUAUGGGCCUGGCUGUGGUGCAGUGGGAAAGACGUGGCAGCACUAUGGGCAAUUAACUGAUGAGUCAGUCAGCUGCAUUGAUGUGCUGUGCUGGCCUCUUGCCCACCUUUCCUGUGAUGGUGAUUGGCGACAGUUGAGGCAAUGACUGCCAGUAGCCCAACACUGCCAGCAGCGCACCCAGGCUGCACCCACUGCCUACCCACUCACCCAUGUACAUAGCCCGCACAAUGCCUCACACCCAUGUGUACAAAUCCUUCUGUAUAUGUGAGCCAGCAGCAGCUGUGGGCCCAUCUGGACCCGUGCCACCGUGACCAAGAAGUAAUGGACAUUUUAAUGGAAUAUUUUUAUAUAGUGUAAAUUGUUAUUGACAGUGUUAGUACUAGUGUGUGUGCUGAGGGCCUAGACUUGGUAGUGAGGCCAGACUGCAACUUCAGUUGCGUUGCACAGUCUUGAGGCUGCUCUCUGCCUUGUGCAACUAGUGUGUCUUGUUGCAGUAAACUGGGGGAACCCUGUGAGUUUGCAAGACAUGCAAGUUUGAGUGUAUGCUUGUACGUGUGGGACUGAUUGAGUGCGUGAAUAGGUGAGUGAGUGCAUUUAUGCAAGCGUGGCCCAACCUGUUUAACUGGAACCUUAUCUUGAGUGGUGAGGUGUCCCAGUUGGGAUAUUCACAACACUUGGUUGAGGCACAGAAGGCCUCCCAAGAAUCUGAACUGUGACUGGGCCUGUGAUGCUCCCAUGCCUGCUCCUCUAACUGUUUUCUGGUUGAACAUGGCCAGCAGCUAAGAUAAUCUCAGUAUUGGGUAACCAAACGUUUUAGUACCUGUUGUCUUGUAGGAAGAGUCCAACAAUUUCCACUCAGUGCUGAACACUUAAUGAAGGGGAGCAAGCUGGGCAGACCAGAUGGCAACAGCAGUGGAUGGUAACACAGAAAUGCAUUUACAAUCGUUGGCAAGCAUGUUAUCAUCAGUCAUGUCAUGAAUCAUCUCAUAUUUCAUUUUUCGGUUCUGCAAUGUUUGAUAACAUUUGUUUGACAGGCCAUCAUUAUGGUACUUGAUUGGGGGACUUGGGGCUCUUUUUUCCUAUAUGUGAAAAAGCAAAAUGUCAUGAAUUUUUUAUAAAAAAAAAGAAAAAAAGAAUGCAGUGCUUUGAAAUUUUCAGUAGAAAAUGAAGUUUAUUACACCUGAACAUUGGCUAGACAAAAGUCGUGAAUGGCUUGCAAAUUGAUGUUCCUAACAUUAGUUUCAUAAAUAGGCUUGCAUUCAAAAGCAAAUUUGGUGCCUGUCUAUAUUAGCUUGGAGAGUACAUUCAUUUUUAUUACUUGGCAUCAAGAUAUUAGCUUGUGAUAAUUUUUUUCUUCAAAAUUUCUCACAUGCAUGGUGUUCAAAAUCUGUUAGUUGAUUUAUUUUUCAUUAUUACUGGUUGUAUCAAAGUUUUAAUGAAACAAACUGCAGACAAGGUAAUUUUUGUUAGAAUAUAAAUAUAUAUUUUUAUUUAGGCAGUAUAUCACCUUCUACUCCACAUGGUAAAUACUAAUUUUCUCUUUGUCAGAAAAAUAAAAUCUUUAGGAUUAUACAGUCAUAUUUAAGGUACUAGCUAAGUCAAUAUUUCCAGAUUAUGGAAAUCUCAUGUACAAACGACGUCUAUUUUAUGACUGUGUUACACACUAGCACAUGCCAUUGUGGAUGUACAGUUACUUGGCUAUGAAGUUGCAGUUUGAAACUGUUCUAGACAUGUCAAUUCUCAAAAGGCUAAAGAAUUUGAACUAUAUAUAUUUUUUUUGCUUAUUUUAGUAGUUUGUAAAUAAUAAAAUGGAUUACUAUUUGGAGAUGUACUGUAGGUAUAUGAGAGCUCUCUUCCUUUGCUGAAAUACCUGUGAUAUUUUGUCAUUUUUUCCCUGAUUUUGUACCAUGUAUAUUCUCUGUUGAAAUUAUAGUGGAUUAGUUCACACAAAAUCAUUUAACCAAGAUUAUAGUGAUGAAAAUAAACUUUUUACCAGGGCAUUGAAAAAAACAACAAAAAACAAAAAACAAAAAAAAGAACAUAAACCAUUUUAUACUUUAAUUAAUGCCAUUAUCCUUCCGAUGCUUUGUAUUUAGUGAUGACAAGUUCUAAUAAUGUAAUGUCUCACUAUCAAUGGGUACUAUUAUUUUUUCUUCUUAUACUCUUUAUUCACAAAUCCACUGGUCCAUUGUCAUUUACCAGAACCAUUGUCACCUCAUUGUUAUCACAGCAGCACACACAGUUCGUAUGUUGUCUUCUGAAAACUGUCAGUCUUUGUUAUACAGCAUGAGGCCUGUUUUGUAGAAACUUAUACAGAGAAAUACUGUAUAAAAUGGGAAUAAUUUUUAACAUUUUAUGUUACCCAAGGUACUCUACUGAAAAACAAUACAUGAAAUUAAA